AUGCCUAAGGUAUUUGGAGUAGAGUUCAGGGAUGGAGAAAACAUAGAAGAAGAGAAUGGCAAAAGACAUGAAGGAAUGAAACAACGGAAAACAGGGAAAAUGGACAGUGAAGUGGACAUGGAUAGUGAAGAGGACAUGGAUAGUGAAGUGGACAUGGAUAGUGAAGAGGACAUGGAUAGUGAAGUGGACAUGGAUAGUGAAGAGGGCAUGGAUAGUGAAGUGGACAUGGAUAGUGAAGUGGACAUGGAUAGUGAAGUGGACAUGGAUAGUGAAGUGGACAUGGAUAGUGAAGUGGACAUGGAUAGUGAAGAGGACAUGGAUAGUGAAGUGGACAUGGAUAGUGAAGAGGACAUGGAUAGUGAAGAGGACAUGGAUAGUGAAGUGGACAUGGAUAGUGAAGUGGACAUGGAUAGUGAAGUGGACAUGGAUAGUGAAGUGGACAUGGAUAGAGAAGUGGACAUGGAUAGUGAAGAGGACAUGGAUAGUGAAGUGGACAUGGAUAGUGAAGAGGACAUGGAUAGUGAAGUGGACAUGGAUAGUGAAGUGGACAUGGAUAGUGAAGAGGACAUGGAUAGUGAAGUGGACAUGGAUAGAGAAGUGGACAUGGAUAGUGAAGAGGACAUGGAUAGUGAAGUGGACAUGGAUAGUGAAGAGGACAUGGAUAGUGAAGUGGACAUGGAUAGUGAAGUGGACAUGGAUAGUGAAGUGGACAUGGAUAGUGAAGAGGACAUGGAUAGUGAAGUGGACAUGGAUAGUGAAGAGGACAUGGAUAGUGAAGUGGACAUGGAUAGUGAAGUGGACAUGGAUAGUGAAGUGGACAUGGAUAGUGAAGUGGACAUGGAUAGUGAAGAGGACAUGGAUAGUGAAGAGGACAUGGAUAGUGAAGAGGACAUGGAUAGUGAAGUGGACAUGGAUAGUGAAGUGGACAUGGAUAGUGAAGUGGACAUGGAUAGUGAAGAGGACAUGGAUAGUGAAGUGGACAUGGAUAGUGAAGAGGACAUGGAUAGUGAAGUGGACAUGGAUAGUGAAGUGGACAUGGAUAGUGAAGUGGACAUGGAUAGUGAAGUGGACAUGGAUAGUGAAGAGGACAUGGAUAGUGAAGUGGACAUGGAUAGUGAAGAGGACAUGGAUAGUGAAGUGGACAUGGAUAGUGAAGAGGACAUGGAUAGUGAAGUGGACAUGGAUAGUGAAGUGGACAUGGAUAGUGAAGUGGACAUGGAUAGUGAAGUGGACAUGGAUAGUGAAGUGGACAUGGAUAGUGAAGAGGACAUGGAUAGUGAAGUGGACAUGGAUAGUGAAGUGGACAUGGAUAGUGAAGUGGACAUGGAUAGUGAAGUGGACAUGGAUAGAAAAGUGGGCAUGGAUAGUGAAGUGGACAUGGAUAGUGAAGAGGACAUGGAUAGUGAAGUGGACAUGGAUAGUGAAGAGGACAUGGAUAGUGAAAUGGACAUGGAUAGUGAAGUGGACAUGGAUAGUGAAGUGGACAUGGAUAGUGAAGAGGACAUGGAUAGUGAAGUGGACAUGGAUAGUGAAGAGGACAUGGAUAGUGAAGUGGACAUGGAUAGUGAAGUGGACAUGGAUAGUGAAGUGGACAUGGAUAGUGAAGAGGACAUGGAUAGUGAAGUGGACAUGGAUAGUGAAGAGGACAUGGAUAGUGAAGUGGACAUGGAUAGUGAAGUGGACAUGGAUAGUGAAGUGGACAUGGAUAGUGAAGUGGACAUGGAUAGUGAAGAGGACAUGGAUAGUGAAGUGGACAUGGAUAGUGAAGAGGACAUGGAUAGUGAAGUGGACAUGGAUAGUGAAGAGGACAUGGAUAGUGAAGUGGACAUGGAUAGUGAAGUGGACAUGGAUAGUGAAGUGGACAUGGAUAGUGAAGUGGACAUGGAUAGUGAAGUGGACAUGGAUAGUGAAGAGGACAUGGAUAGUGAAGUGGACAUGGAUAGUGAAGUGGACAUGGAUAGUGAAGUGGACAUGGAUAGUGAAGUGGACAUGGAUAGAAAAGUGGGCAUGGAUAGUGAAGUGGACAUGGAUAGUGAAGAGGACAUGGAUAGUGAAGUGGACAUGGAUAGUGAAGAGGACAUGGAUAGUGAAGUGGACAUGGAUAGUGAAGAGGACAUGGAUAGUGAAAUGGACAUGGAUAGUGAAGUGGACAUGGAUAGUGAAGUGGACAUGGAUAGUGAAGAGGACAUGGAUAGUGAAGUGGACAUGGAUAGUGAAGAGGACAUGGAUAGUGAAGUGGACAUGGAUAGUGAAGUGGACAUGGAUAGUGAAGUGGACAUGGAUAGUGAAGAGGACAUGGAUAGUGAAGUGGACAUGGAUAGUGAAGAGGACAUGGACAGUACCCUGUGGUUCGGUUCCUAG